AUGCGCUUGAUUUUCGUCGCGGUUGUGGCCGCUCUGGUGGCCCUCGCAGCGGCCCAAUCUCAAUCUCAAACGGUUACGGCGGUGGCUACCCCGGAUAUUAAGCCCCAGCCGUGUUGUGAAAGUGUUCGACAAACUUUAAUUGAAAUACGAAAGGAUAUACGUCUAUGGCUGCUGGAUAGACUCUUCGGAAAGCUGCUUCUACUCCACGACGGCGAAUUGCUCGGAAAUCCUAAUUAUGUGAAUUGUGCCAAUGGAAAAAAGAAACUUGAACUAUCGAAUGAGAGUUCUAGUAUACUCGACGAAAUAUAUGACACUACAAGUCAAUCAAAAGAAGGCCAGUCAAGUUCUUCCUCUGAUGACAUUAAUGAUGAUGGAGUGCCCAGCGAGUCCUCAUCCUCAACGACAACCACGACAACAUCGACAACAUCCUCAAAUGGGGGUGAGUCUUCCAACUCCGGAGUAGAGGUCACCAAGAAUGGCUCCUCCAACAAUGAUGGAAGCUCCAGCCAGUCUUCGUCCACGACCACGACUACUACAACUACAUCCUCGGAUGAGGGACAAUCCAGCUCCCCGUCUGCUCCUGUUGUAGAGGUCAGCCAGGAUGGCUCCUCCAAUGGUAAUGGAAGCUCCAGCCAAUCUUCGUCCACGACCACGACUACUACAACUACAUCCUCGGAUGAGGGACAAUUCAGCUCCUCGUCUGAUCCUGUUGUAGAGGUCACCCAGGAUGGCUCCUCCAAUGGUAAUGGAAGCGCCAGCCAAUCUUCGUCCACGACCACGACUACUACAACUACAUCCUCGGAUGAGGGACAAUCCAGCUCCUCGUCUGAUCCUGUUGUAGAGGUCACCCAGGAUGGCUCCUCCAAUGAUAAUGGAAGCUCCAGCCAGUCUUCGUCCACGACCACGACUACUACAACUACAUCCUCGGAUGAGGGACAAUCCAGCUCCUCGUCUGAUCCUGUUGUAGAGGUCACCCAGGCCGAUGGCUCCUCCAACAAUGAUGGAAGCUCCAGCCAGUCUUCGUCCACGACCACGACUACUACAACUACAUCCUCGGAUGAGGGACAAUCCAGCUCCUCGUCUGAUCCUGUUGUAGAGGUCACCCAGGAUGGCUCCUCCAACAAUGAUGGAAGCUCCAGCCAGUCUUCGUCCACGACCACGACUACUACAACUACAUCCUCGGAUGAGGGACAAUCCAGCUCCUCGUCUGCUCCUGUUGUAGAGGUCACCCAGGAUGGCUCCUCAAACAAUGAUGGAAGCUCCAGCCAGUCUUCGUCCACGACCACGACUACUACAACUACAUCCUCGGAUGAGGGACAAUCCAGCUCCUCGUCUGAUCCUGUUGUAGAGGUCACCCAGGAUGGCUCCUCCAAUGGUAAUGGAAGCGCCAGCCAGUCUUCGUCCACGACCACGACUGCUACAACUACAUCCUCGGAUGAGGGACAAUCCAGCUCCUCGUCUGAUCCUGUUGUAGAGGUCACCCAGGAUGGCUCCUCCAAUGAUAAUGGAAGCUCCAGCCAGUCUUCGUCCACGACCACGACUACUACAACUACAUCCUCGGAUGAGGGACAAUCCAGCUCCUCGUCUGAUCCUGUUGUAGAGGUCACCCAGGAUGGCUCCUCCAAUGGUAAUGGAAGCGCCAGCCAGUCUUCGUCCACGACCACGACUACUACAACUACAUCCUCGGAUGAGGGACAAUCCAGCUCCUCGUCUGAUCCUGUUGUAGAGGUCACCCAGGAUGGCUCCUCCAACAAUGAUGGAAGCUCCAGCCAGUCUUCGUCCACGACCACGACUACUACAACUACAUCCUCGGAUGAGGGACAAUCCAGCUCCCCGUCUGCUCCUGUUGUAGAGGUCACCCAGUGGCUCCUCAACAAUGAUGGAAGCUCCAGCCAGUCUUCGUCCACGACCACGACUACUACAACUACAUCCUCGGAUGAGGGACAAUCCAGCUCCUCGUCUGAUCCUGUUGUAGAGGUCACCCAGGAUGGCUCCUCCAAUGAUAAUGGAAGCUCCAGCCAGUCUUCGUCCACGACCACGACUACUACAACUACAUCCUCGGAUGAGGGACAAUCCAGCUCCCCGUCUGCUCCUGUUGUAGAGGUCACCCAGGAUGGCUCCUCAAACAAUGAUGGAAGCUCCAGCCAGUCUUCGUCCACGACCACGACUACUACAACUACAUCCUCGGAUGAGGGACAAUCCAGCUCCUCGUCUGAUCCUGUUGUAGAGGUCACCCAGGAUGGCUCCUCCAAUGGUAAUGGAAGCGCCAGCCAGUCUUCGUCCACGACCACGACUACUACAACUACAUCCUCGGAUGAGGGACAAUCCAGCUCCUCGUCUGAUCCUGUUGUAGAGGUCACCCAGGAUGGCUCCUCCAACAAUGAUGGAAGCUCCAGCCAGUCUUCGUCCACGACCACGACUACUACAACUACAUCCUCGGAUGAGGGACAAUCCAGCUCCCCGUCUGCUCCUGUUGUAGAGGUCAGCCAGGAUGGCUCCUCCAAUGGUAAUGGAAGCUCCAGCCAAUCUUCGUCCACGACCACGACUACUACAACUACAUCCUCGGAUGAGGGACAAUUCAGCUCCUCGUCUGAUCCUGUUGUAGAGGUCACCCAGGAUGGCUCCUCCAAUGGUAAUGGAAGCGCCAGCCAGUCUUCGUCCACGACCACGACUACUACAACUACAUCCUCGGAUGAGGGACAAUCCAGCUCCUCGUCUGAUCCUGUUGUAGAGGUCACCCAGGAUGGCUCCUCCAACAAUGAUGGAAGCUCCAGCCAGUCUUCGUCCACGACCACGACUACAACAACUACAUCCUCGGAUGAGGGACAAUCCAGCUCCUCGUCUGAUCCUGUUGUAGAGGUCACCCAGGAUGGCUCCUCCAAUGAUAAUGGAAGCUCCAGCCAGUCUUCGUCCACGACCACGACUACUACAACUACAUCCUCGGAUGAGGGACAAUCCAGCUCGUCUGCUCCUGUUGUAGAGGUCACCCAGGAUGGCUCCUCAAACAAUGAUGGAAGCUCCAGCCAGUCUUCGUCCACGACCACGACUACUACAACUACAUCCUCGGAUGAGGGACAAUCCAGCUCCUCGUCUGAUCCUGUUGUAGAGGUCACCCAGGAUGGCUCCUCCAAUGAUAAUGGAAGCUCCAGCCAGUCUUCGUCCACGACCACGACUACUACAACUACAUCCUCGGAUGAGGGACAAUCCAGCUCCUCGUCUGAUCCUGUUGUAGAGGUCACCCAGGAUGGCUCCUCCAACAAUGAUGGAAGCUCCAGCCAGUCUUCGUCCACGACCACGACUACUACAACUACAUCCUCGGAUGAGGGACAAUCCAGCUCAUCGUCUGCUCCUGUUGUAGAGGUCACCCAGGAUGGCUCCUCCAACAAUGAUGGAAGCUCCAGCCAGUCUUCGUCCACGACCACGACUACUACAACUACAUCCUCGGAUGAGGGACAAUCCAGCUCCUCGUCUGAUCCUGUUGUAGAGGUCACCCAGGAUGGCUCCUCCAACAAUGAUGGAAGCUCCAGCCAGUCUUCGUCCACGACCACGACUACUACAACUACAUCCUCGGAUGAGGGACAAUCCAGCUCCUCGUCUGAUCCUGUUGUAGAGGUCACCCAGGAUGGCUCCUCCAACAAUGAUGGAAGUUCCAGCCAGUCUUCGUCCACGACCACGACUACUACAACUACAUCCUCGGAUGAGGGACAAUCCAGCUCCUCGUCUGAUCCUGUUGUAGAGGUCACCCAGGAUGGCUCCUCCAACAAUGAUGGAAGCUCCAGCCAGUCUUCGUCCACGACCACGACUACUACAACUACAUCCUCGGAUGAGGGACAAUCCAGCUCCUCGUCUGAUCCUGUUGUAGAGGUCACCCAGGAUGGCUCCUCCAACAAUGAUGGAAGCUCCAGCCAGUCUUCGUCCACGACCACGACUACUACAACUACAUCCUCGGAUGAGGGACAAUCCAGCUCUCCGUCUGCUCCUGUUGUAGAGGUCACCCAGGAUCUCCUCAACAAUGAUGGAAGCUCCAGCCAGUCUUCGUCCACGACCACGACUACUAUAACUACAUCCUCGGAUGAGGGACAAUCCACCUCCUCGUCUGAUCCUGUUGUAGAGGUCACCCAGGAUGGCUCCUCCAACAAUGAUGGAAGCUCCAGCCAGUCUUCGUCCACGACCACGACUACUACAACUACAUCCUCGGAUGAGGGACAAUCCACCUCCUCGUCUGAUCCUGUUGUAGAGGUCACCCAGGAUGGCUCCUCCAAUAAUAAUGGAAGCUCCAGCCAGUCUUCGUCCACGACCACGACUACUACAACUACAUCCUCGGAUGAGGGACAAUCCAGCUCUCAGUCUGCUCCUGUUGUAGAGGUCACCCAGGAUGGCUCCUCAAACAAUGAUGGAAGCUCCAGCCAGUCUUCGUCCACGCCCACGACUACUACAACUACAUCCUCGGAUGAGGGACAAUCCAGCUCCUCGUCUGAUCCUGUUGUAGAGGUCACCCAGGAUGGCUCCUCCAAUGAUAAUGGAAGCUCCAGCCAGUCUUCGUCCACGACCACGACUACUACAACUACAUCCUCGGAUGAGGGACAAUCCAGCUCUCAGUCUGCUCCUGUUGUAGAGGUCACCCAGGAUGGCUCCUCAAACAAUGAUGGAAGCUCCAGCCAGUCUUCGUCCACGACCACGACUACUACAACUACAUCCUCGGAUGAGGGACAAUCCAGCUCCUCGUCUGAUCCUGUUGUAGAGGUCACCCAGGAUGGCUCCUCCAAUGAUAAUGGAAGCUCCAGCCAGUCUUCGUCCACGACCACGACUACUACAACUACAUCCUCGGAUGAGGGACAAUCCAGCUCUCAGUCUGCUCCUGUUGUAGAGGUCACCCAGGAUGGCUCCUCAAACAAUGAUGGAAGCUCCAGCCAGUCUUCGUCCACGACCACGACUACUACAACUACAUCCUCGGAUGAGGGACAAUCCAGCUCCUCGUCUGAUCCUGUUGUAGAGGUCACCCAGGAUGGCUCCUCCAAUGAUAAUGGAAGCUCCAGCCAGUCUUCGUCCACGACCACGACUACUACAACUACAUCCUCGGAUGAGGGACAAUCCAGCUCCUCGUCUGAUCCUGUUGUAGAGGUCACCCAGGAUGGCUCCUCCAACAAUGAUGGAAGCUCCAGCCAGUCUUCGUCCACGACCACGACUACUACAACUACAUCCUCGGAUGAGGGACAAUCCAGCUCUCCGUCUGCUCCUGUUGUAGAGGUCACCCAGGAUGGCUCCUCCAACAAUGAUGGAAGCUCCAGCCAGUCUUCGUCCACGACCACGACUACUACAACUACAUCCUCGGAUGAGGGACAAUCCAGCUCUCCGUCUGCUCCUGUUGUAGAGGUCACCCAGGAUGGCUCCUCCAAUGAUAAUGGAAGCUCCAGCCAGUCUUCGUCCACGACCACGACUACUACAACUACAUCCUCGGAUGAGGGACAAUCCAGCUCCCCGUCUGCUCCUGUUGUAGAGGUCACCCAGGAUGGCUCCUCCAAUGAUAAUGGAAGCUCCAGCCAGUCUUCGUCCACGACCACGACUAGUACAACUACAUCCUCGGAUGAGGGACAAUCCAGCUACCCGUCUGGUCCUGUUGUAGAGGUCACCCAGGAUGGCUCCUCCAACAAUGAUGGAAGCUCCAGCCAGUCUUCGUCCACGACCACGACUACUACAACUACAUCCUCGGAUGAGGGACAAUCCAGCUCCCCGUCUGCUCCUGUUGUAGAGGUCACCCAGGAUGGCUCCUCCAAUGAUAAUGGAAGCUCCAGCCAGUCUUCGUCCACGACCACGACUACUACAACUACAUCCUCGGAUGAGGGACAAUCCAGCUCUCCGUCUGCUCCUGUUGUAGAGGUCACCCAGGAUGGCUCCUCCAACAAUGAUGGAAGCUCCAGCCAGUCUUCGUCCACGACCACGACUACUACAACUACAUCCUCGGAUGAGGGACAAUCCAGCUCUCCGUCUGCUCCUGUUGUAGAGGUCACCCAGGAUGGCUCCUCCAACAAUGAUGGAAGCUCCAGCCAGUCUUCGUCCACGACCACGACUACUACAACUACAUCCUCGGAUGACGGACAAUCUACCACAUCGACGUCUCCUGACGUCAAAGUUACCAAAGGUAGGCCCUCCAAAGGUGGUAAAUCGAGCUGGAAAUCUACCAAAACAACGAAGACCUAUUCAUCAAAGACUGCAAAGGUUCCCAAGUCAAGUGGAAAGUCAAGCUCUCACAAAACUACGACCACAACAGUGACAUUCAGCUCGAACAAUAAUGACUCUGGAGCAUCCUCUCCCAUUGUGGAGGUGUCCCAGGGAAGUUCAUCAGACAAGCGUGGAAGCUCAAGCCAAUCUUCAACUACAACCACAACUACUUCCUCAAGCGGAAGUAAUAAGUCAAGCUCCUCGUCCCUGCCAUCGGUUGAUGUCACCGCAGGUGUUAAUGGCGGAAAAUCUGGCUGGAAAUCUACCAAAACAACUAAGACCUAUUCAACAAAGACUUCAAAGGUGCCCAAGUCAAGUGGAAAGCCAAGCUCUAGCAAAACUACUACUACAACUGUGACAUCCAGCUCGGAUAACAGUCAAUCUGGAGCAUCAUCCUCUCCCAUUGUGGAGGUGUCCCAGGGAAGUUCGUCGGACAAUGGUGGAAGCUCAAGCCAAUCUUCAACUACAACAACAACUACUUCCUCGAGCGGAAGUAAUAAGUCAAGCUCCUCGUCCCUGCCAUCGGUUGAUGUCACUGCAGGUGUUAAUGACGGAAAAUCUGGCUGGAAAUCUACCAAAACAACGAAGACCUAUUCUUCAAAGACUUCAAAGGUUCCCAAGUCAAAUGGAAAGUCAAACUCUAGCAAGACUACUACUACAACUGUGACAUCCAGCACGGAUAACAGCCAAUCUGGAGCAUCAACGUCUCCAAUUGUGGAGGUGUCCCAGGGAAGUUCAUCAGGCGAAGGUAAAAACUCGAACCAAGCCUCGUCCACGACUACGACCUCAACGACAACUACUUCAAAUGACGGACAAUCCAGCACAUCGACAGUUCCUGUCGUCGAAGUCACCCAAGGUAGCUCCUCAAAUGGUGGUAAAUCCAGCUGGACAUCUACCAAAACAACGAAGAGCUUAUUUUCAAAGACUUCAAAGGUUCCCAAGUCAAAUGGAAAGUCAAACUCUAGCAAAACUACUACUACAACUGUGACAUCCAGCUCGGAUAACAGUCAAUCUGGAGCAUUAUCCUCUCCCAUUGUGGAGGUGUCCCAGGGAAGUUCGUCGGACAAUGGUGGAAGCUCAAGCCAAUCUUCAACUACAACCACAACAACGUCCACAAGCGGAAGUAAUCAGUCAUCAUCUCUGCCAUCAGUUGAAAUCGUUUCCGGUGUUAAUGGUGGAAAGUCAAGCUCGACGAUUACAAAGUCAACAAAGACAUAUUCCUCGCAGUCCUCUAGUCUGCCUAAAUCGAGUGGAAAGACAAGCAAAACGGUGACCACAGUUACAACAUCCAAGUCAUCUGCGGCUCCUAAGAUUGAACCCAACUACUCAUGGUCAACAACAUCGAAGAAACUAUCCGAUCCCAUCCACACACUUUCAUGGACUAGUCGCUCCAGCAGCCAGCCUUCAAUUGAGGAAUCUAGCGGAGAUUCAUCCAACUCCUGGUCAAAACUGAUUAAACGAAGCACUACGGGCAUUUCCUCAGAGGAUGACAGCAACGGAUUCGUUGUAGGACCAGGAGGAUCUCGUGGCGGGCAAGCAUGGUCCCAGCGGUCAGGAUUCUCCAGUGAAAAUUCUGGUAUCCAGGGAUCUCCUGACAUUCGUUUCAGAUACACUAGAGGUCAGAAUAGUGGUGAAGGACAGUCGCAGGACUCGCAAACCUGGUCCAGGAGCUCCACUGGAGGCAGUGACAGCACGGAUGGCGCAGCAGUAUCCGUAGAUGGUCAGAAUGUGGAUGAAUCGGAGGGCAGCCAAAGUGCGGUACAAGGUGGCUCCGUUCGUGGUACCGGAAGAUAUCCCUACUGGUGGGGCAACCGACGAUGGGUGGGCGUUGGAGCCCAGCCCAACUGGCGCUAUGGAUGGCGUCCAUACGGAAGCGGUUGGGGUAGAUGGAGCAAUCAAUAUUAA